CCGACUCAAUAUCGUAAUGGCGGUGCACCGGGUACCCUCUACGAAAUGGCUCUUUACCCGGGAACAGCUCGACAACACGCCGUCCCGGCGCUGCGGCGUCGAGUCUGACAGGGAGCUUUCUUACCGGCAGCAAGCCGCCAACCUCAUUCAAGAUAUGGGUCAGAGACUCAACGUCUCACAAUUAGUUAUAAAUACUGCUAUUGUAUAUAUGCAUAGAUUUUAUAUGAUUCACUCCUUCACCAAGUUCCAUAGAAAUAUCAUCUCCCAGACCACCUUAUUCCUGGCAGCUAAAGUAGAGGAGCAGCCCAGGAAGUUGGAACAUGUCAUUAAAGUGGCACAUGCCUGCACCAACCCCCAAGAACCCCCCUUAGAUACAAAAAGCAAUGCAUACCACCAGCAAGCCCAAGAACUUGUGUUACUUGAAACGAUAGUGCUGCAAACGCUGGGUUUUGAAAUAACAGUUGAACAUCCGCACACAGAUGUAGUGAGGUGUUCCCAGCUAGUGCGAGCAAGCAAGGAUUUGGCACAGACUUCCUAUUUCAUGGCUACCAACAGCUUGCACCUUACCACCUUCUGCCUGCAAUACAAGCCCACAGUUAUAGCCUGCGUCUGUAUCCACCUGGCCUGCAAGUGGUCCAACUGGGAGAUCCCCGUUUCCACGGAUGGAAAACAUUGGUGGGAGUACCUGGACCGCACAGUCACAUUACAGCUGCUGGACGAGCUCACCCACGAGUUUCUUCAGAUCCUGGAGAAGACGCCCAGCAGGCUGAAGAGGAUACGGAACUGGAGGGCCACUCAAGCUGCAAAAAAACCAAAGACCGAUGUCCCACCGGUGGAGAGUGCCUUCCAGGGGACCUCACUGGAAAGCUUACCUGGUGUCACCAGCUCAUUCUUUCCCUCGACUUCAUCAGACUCGUCAGAAAUGCCUUCCCUGGAGGCCAUGGGAGCACCCUAUGCUUCUUACCAGGCCGAUGACCCCUCAAAGGCUUGUAACUACGACCAGUUCCCCAUCUCUCAUUCAGACUACGCAUUGGGCAAACACGAACACAAAGCUGCUGUAGGGUCCAGUAGUAAGCACCAGCAGCUGAGCACUAACCCCUCACCUUUUGCGCGGCCACAGAAAGUCUUGACUCUAGACAAGUACAGAGAGAAACAUGCGGCAGAGUUGGCUUUGCAGAACGGCAGAACAGACGAGCCGAGCGUGGACAUAUAUCCCCCUGCUCCGGCCCUCACCACCCACCACCAUAAGAAACGCUCUCAGUCACAGCAGCAGGCACUCCAGCCGGGGGACGGCCGGAGAGACAAGGGUAGCUCCAAAAAAUCCCGCCUCCCUCCUGCCUUCACCGAGAACGGCUCCGCCAGCAGCGAGGAGCUCAAGAUGAGGAUCAAAGUGUCCUCAGACCGCCACGGCGACUCGGAGCACGGAGGGGCUCUUCCCAGCAAAGACAAGCACAAAGAGCACUCUGGCCAUCGCCAUGCCAAACACGGCCACUCCCAUCCCUACUCCGUCAGUGGAAACAGCAGAGGCUCAAUGGACAACCCGGCCUUAUCCCUCCGAGCCCCUGGCAGCCACAGCGGUGACGUGGGCUCUUCCGGCUCAUCCCGGAAGAGGGCUCACCCCGAUGCUGGCAGCCAUAACCACCACCACCACCCAACCAAGAGCAGCCGCAGCUCAAAGGGGGCCGCUGGCUCCUCCCACUACCCAGCGGAGGCGGGCCAGAGAAUGGUGAUGGAGCGCCACGGGCAUGAAGGAACCAAUGGCAUGCUGGCUUCCAACGGCCAACACACAGACUACAAAAACACUUUUGAUAUGCUGGACUCUUUACUAAGUGCCCAAGCAAUGAACCUAUAAACCUCCAGAGGGUCCAUAAUGUUUCAGCAAUUACAUGUUACAAUGGUUUAAAACAAAAUUGAGUUUAUUUCUUUUAAGUUAUCAUCCUCAACUAUGUCUUCACUAUCCUCCUAAGGCUGUCAAAAAUAAAAAAAAUAAAAAAACCUAUAUAUAUAUAUUAUAUAUAUAUUAUAUAUAAAUAUAUAUAUAUUAUAUAUAAAUAUGCAUAGAGCUAUGUGCUACUAGCUUGCAACAAAAAGAAACACCUCGUUGACAAUUUUGGUUGUGUGAUUGGAAAAAUUGGAUUUUGAAUUGUUCUCUUAACGGGAGCUGUCCAUGUUUUUAAAUGUGCAUGUUUUCAAUCGCAAAAGGGAAGACAUAGCAAGUGUCUGCAGCCAUGGUGACCGUUUACAGACAGUUAACAUUAACGUAUGUACAUUUUUGUAUGUUUAGACAUUCUAUUCCACUAAAAAAAAAAACUAAAAAAAAAUCUCAGGUCUUGAAAACUUUUGAUAUAAGAAAAGAGAAUCUUCCUCUUUGGGUUUAUUACCUGUAUCUGUGGAGGUGUAUCACUUUGUCUUUGUUGUGACGAUGACAGAGUUGGGUUGAUGUCAUAGGAGACCUGGUCGGCUGGGCUUGUAAAAGCGCGUCGUGUAGGAAAUUGAAAAACGAUAUACGGCCGAGCCGGAGGCCCCUUACUGUAUUUUGUUUUUAAUGACGUAUUACUGACUGGAGGAGUUUUAUUUCAUGCUGGUUGGAAGCAGCGGACAACAAAACAUCCUUGUUUAGGCUUUGCUCGGUUAAACCCAGCAGAGACAUGCGAGCCGCUACAGCGGGGACGACCCUUUACUGUAUUAACUGUCCAGCAGGACGUGGAAGAGCCCACCUCGGAAUCUAAUGCACACACCUUGUUUUAGAGCUACAAAUGAAGUUAACCUUUUACCUGCUGUGAAAGUGCAUUUACGAUAUCGGCUAAAAUUUGCAAAAAAAAAAGACAAAAAAAAGAAAAAGCCUUGUAAUUGUACCUUGUCAAUCGCUAUUCAGUAUGAUGAAUGUCUAAUUAACCAUCAGAAAAUGAAGAUCUCUAAAAGUAAAAAAUGUAUAUAAGACUGUAGUUCUCAGUAAAAAAACAAAAAAAAAAUUGUUGGCUUGUUGGCAUCAGUCCAAACUUCCUUCCAUUCAGUGUAUUACAGGACCUAAAGCAGGCUGUAUUGAUGAACAUAUCCUUGAUUUGUGUAUUGGGAGCCCAAAUAAAGGUGUAAAAUUGA